CCAUUCAGUUUGAAUUUCGAAACGGUUGUUAACGGCCUAUUUUCCAGCAGUAUUUGCUAAAGAUAACUCUGUUUACUCAUUUUAAUUCGUUAUAUUUAUCUAAACAGUAACAGUUAGUUUGUAUUCAUCCUUUCAUCAAUCUAGGGAGUUUAAAGAUGGAUCCAAAUGUACUAAAAAUGAUCGAAAGAUCGCGGGCUCGAAGCUCAGCCAAGAAAGGUGGAACACGGAUCGAUCCAAUGGGUAAACUCAGCCCUCGAAAGAUCGACACGGAACCUAGAAGCCCUCUGAAACCCAGGAAUUUUGACGGAUUGUCCCCGAUUAAGGGAAGCCCUAAGAAGGCGGAGCUCCCCGCCUCUCCGUCUGAUACCAUUAAACGUCUUCUGUCUCGAGAGAGCUUAGAAACUAGCGUCAAGGAUUUACUGGCCAGAGACAGUCCUGGAAAAACAAUUAAAACACACACUUACUCCUCCACCACCUCCAGCCCCUCCAGAACCACCAUCACCAAGACCGUGGUCACCGAGACUGAGGAGAGGUAUGAGAAGAAGGAAACUAUAUCCGUCUCUGGGAACAAGAAGUUCCUUCAAGAGUUUGACAACGGUAAGGUCGAGGACCAACUUAAGAAGGUUGAGUCAGCGUUCAACGAGACCCGGAGAAUUGAACCCCAAUCCAAACCAUACAGUGGAAAGAAUAAUUCAACCCCAGGAAAGGAAACUGAAACUCUGCCAGAAGAUACAGAUUAUUUCGCUGCCCGCAAAGCUCGUCUAGCCAACCUUGCGAACAAAUUUAAGGCAAUGGACGAACAAAGUCCAAUCCGUAGUCCAGUCCGCAGCACUAGCCCAGAGAAUACUAGGACCAGAAGUCCGAUUAGAACCAUACCUGUAAAUUCUGAAAAAGAUGAUUCUCCGGCUGGCCCAAUGCGUCCUGCUUUCAACAGAUCGGUUUCUCCUUCUAAAAUCGUGACAAACGUGACUGCUAGACCAUACGUAUCUCCAACUAAGUCUUCCGCUGUAUCUCCCGUUAAAGCUCCUUCACCUGACAAACCCAGCGCUUACAAAUACAAGAAACCUGAGGAUGAAUCAUUUAUCAGUAGUCUGAAAGCUCAAGGAUUUACGGAAACUGAGUCUGCUUCGCGUCUUGUUUAUGAUUUCCAAGAGAGACAGAGAUCUCCGUCUCCGGCCAAAUCUCCGGUUAGACAGAUUUAUGCUAGACAAGAUAAACAAGAUGAGACAAGAGGCAGCGUUCAUGAGGCAAAAUCUAAGUUUGAGCAAGCAAAAGGACGAACUUCAGAGACAAGAGGACGAGCCCCUGUCAAGACGACAGUUUUGAGUAGUCCAACCAAGACUGCUGUAUCAGCAACCAGAUCUGUAUCCCCCAGUAAACCUCAUCCUCUCCAGUUCGUUUCUCCCCAGGUAGCAGCUCAAGCAGCAGCAGCAGCAUCUAGUAUACCUCCUCCUCCGCCUAAACCUUCCAGAACAUUCGACUCCAAUCCGGCCCCUGUCACCAAGUCUUGGAUAACCAAGGCUAAGGUUGACGACAAGAUGUCGGACGCAAAAUCCGAUGAUCGUUGCGACACCCCUGUGCGCAAAACAAUGAGCGAAAAGAGACACAUGUUCGAAAACCAAACCCCGGAAGUUGAACCUGUUGAUCCCGCCAUGAUGUCGAUGUCGGACCGGAAGAAGUUGUUUGAGAAGAAUCGAUCCAUACCGACCCCGAUCGCAAGGUUUGGAGAAUCUGUGACCCCUGCGAUGUUAUCUAAAGCUAGGCCUGUAGUGGAGACGAUGACCCCGGCAGAGGCCUGGAAGAGGAAAAGAGAAUUCUCUCCGGUUAAGAAUCAACCUCCAGCUAAGAAGCAGAGUCCUGAGAGUUAUGUUAACUCUGGCGCUAAAACUAAGCUGGUUCAGGACACCAGGAGACCAAACCCUGAUCCAUCUCCUGCAACCCCACAGGCAGGACGAAAGGCUACAGAGAUUCACAAGAAACUGUUUGAGAAGAAGGACUGGAGAGAGAAUGAUAUUGCCAGGAAGGUUCAGGAGGAUAAACAGAAGGAGAUGGAACUUCUCCUUAACAGAUAUAAUCAUCUGAAAUCUAGCGCAGACGGUGAAACUUCGUCACCUGCUCCUAAGCCUGCUCCCAAAACAGCGCCUAAGCCACAAAAGAACAAGGAGUCGCCUGAGAAGUACUACCCCGGACUCAGCUCUUUAAAGAAGAUUAAAGUCUCCCCUCCUAAGGCUGGAGGUCUCUACCCUGAGCUGGCCUACGAGUCUGAUACAAUGUCCUCGAGGUCAGAAUCCGUCAUGUCCUCCGACACUCUCAACUCAAGCUUCGAGAGUAUUGGAACAAUCACAAGUGAAGCAUCAAGCCUCGGCGGAGCAAUUAUCUCGGCUUCGAGGAAGUCGGUUGUUCCUGAUUUGAAAACUAUUCCUGAGAGUAAUGAUAGCAUGAAUACCGAGGAUGGAGAUGAUAUAUCAGAAUCAGGAGUUAUGGAUGAGAUUGAUGAUAUACUAGAGGAAGCUAUGGAUGAUUCUAACUAUGAAGGAAGUGUUGAUUAUUCUCCUCAUAAACCUAAAGGAUCCAGCAGUAGCUCCGGGUCCAGUAAUGUAGGACGAAGUGAAUCGACAACCAGCUGGGAGUUCCAUACUCCACAAGCAAAACAACCUCAGAGGGAGGAUAACUCUAGGUUUAAGACUCCUCUAGUUCUGGCUAGGGACUCCCCUAAUAAGGAGCCAAGGGUACAAAUAGAAGGAGCUGAAGGACCUAUGCUGCAUACUGUCAGUUUCUACAGGAAGCAAAGACCUGCAAAUCCUCCUGUACAGCGUAUAGUACUGAACCCAGUACUAGAACAAACUGUAGUAGCUGCUGAGAGUCCUAGGAGAACUAUUUCACAGAAAAUCAAGGUUCUACAAGAAGAGGCACAAAGCCAGAUGUCAGUGAUCUCACAGGCGAGCAGUGCUCUAAACCUUUGUCGGUCAACUAAGGAGUUCUUCGGUUCAUCAGAACAGGUUGAGGGAGAAAGAUUACUCCUGGUUGCUACGCAUAAGAGAACUGCUGCACUAAAUGAGAUCAGCAAACUAAAGACCGAAGGAGGACUCGGAGUACAGGAGGAUGAGGACACUAAUGUUCGUGGUACAGUCAGUCUUAACAGUAUAUCUCUUGGACUCAAAAAGGAUUUCGUAAAUCAGCUGAGAUCCGGCGACGCUGACGAUUUCGUCCACUACUUCCUUUGCCUGGUGAAGUGCGCCGGCCAAGUUAUUCCGACGAUGAUGGUUUCUACCUUGGACGGAUUGGACGGGAAGACUCUUGAUUUCCCGAACUUGAUCAAGUUGACUGAUCUACCGAAGAAUUUUGUAAUUCAGCUCGAGGUUUACGGUCUCCAGACUAAACGAGAGAUACUGGACCAUGAUGCAAAGUAUCAUAUUAAGAAGGAGAAAUCUGUCUUCAGUUUAACCCCUAAACUGAAACUAAACAAGGAAUCAAGGUUGACCCGUCCAGAGAUGUGUUCCCCUGGAGGUCCCCAGGCGGUCAGGACCUCUAGCUUUGCUAUGGUCGGCAAUACAAUCAUAACAAUAGAAAACCUUAAGAGGAAGGAUUGGGUACUGGAGAGUGUACCCCAUAUCUCCCCUCUAGAUGGAGCUAUGAGGUUCCAAUUAAACUGCCAUAGUGAAAGUCAGGUUGCGUACAGAGGAUUCCUGACAAUGUUUGACGAUGUUUCUGGAUUCGGAGCCUGGCACAGGAGAUGGUUUGUACUGGACGGGAACAGAUUGUCCUACUGGAAGUACCCGGAGAACCAGAAUACACAGGAACCUAUUGGAACUAUUGAUCUCGGCGGAUGUAUCACUCAAUCUGUAACUAUUGCUCCAAGAGAGAUAUGUUCCCGUAUGCACACCUUUCUCCUGGAGAGCCGGCGUCCUGCCCGAACCUCUGAUCGUGAGAGUUUAGUUUUAGUGAGACAAGGAACCUGGACAAUUAUCAGACACCUCCUGUCCUCUGACUCCAGGGAGGAGAGGUUAACCUGGUGCAGUAUACUGAACCAGGCUCUAGACAACCUCAGGGCUUGGGAUCCUCAAUCUAAAUACAGAACUGGCUCAGUGUCAAGCACUGACUCAAUGUCAGGCGCUAGCUCUACAUCAACUGAAAUCUGGUGAUCUUAAACGAUCAUUAUGAUGAUCUAGUUCUACAUCGGCUGAGAUCUGGCGAUCAUUUGAUAAAGAUCUACUUUCAUCAACUAUCCUUACGAUCAUCUUGUUCUCUGACAGAUAUCUGGUGAUCAUCAUACCGCUCAUCACCCUACAAUAAUCUCUUCGAAAUUAUUUCUAGUUCAGUAACUUCAGUCAGACCAAGAAAAUCUUCAGAUUUAGA